CUUCACUGGCUACGUCCGUGCCACCUCCUUCUCCUCUCCUCGUUUCGCCUUGCCUCAGUGGCAGCGGAUUUUGCCAGAGGGAUAUAUCUCUCGACGAGAGCUCUUCGCCUUAUAUUUCCGUCAUUCUUCGACCCCUGUUCUGCCCUCGUCAUAAUCCACCAAUUGCCUCGCCCCGCGCUCGUCAAGCAACAAGCUCGACGCCAUCGCGCAUCAAUAAUUGCUUUUCUUUCUGUUCUUCCCUGGUCGGUCUUGCACGGCUGUGUUGCUGAUUAUUGUUGCUGUGGUGAAAGCAAAAAUUGCAGGAGCAAACCUCCAAUCAUUGAUACUGAUUUGCUGCCCGCAGCUGCUUGUCGCUCGAUUCGGGUCUUUUGCUUCUGCCGCCAUGCCGAUGACUUCGAACAACUCGUCCCCCGUUAAGCGCCCGGGGCUGGGCCGCCGUGCUGUCUCCUCCCACGCCGUCGUCACGCGCUCCUCGUCUUCUUCAACACAAGGAGAACUCUCGAACUCGCACACAUCUCACUACCCUCAUCAUAAAGCACCCGGCCACCAUCGUCCCCAUCGGGCACAUCUUGUUGGCGGCGGCCAUCGCAGUCACGGUCGGAAUCCAUCCUUCGGGAAGAAUAUAGGCAAACUACAAAGACACAAUACCAGCCAGGAGUUACGGUUGCAUCAUCAUCAUCAGCGCAAAAAAUCUGCUCCGGUGACGCCAGUUGCAAGCCCGCCCCGUCAACACAUUCGCUGGGAUGGAGCAGUGGACGACGCCUCUAACCGUACUAGUGGCUCCAUGAAGAAGAACAAUUCGAGCCCUGCCUUGCGACGGAGCAACUCGAGUGUUUUACCUAAGAAAGCACUAGUAACUGACCGCCCACAUACCAGCUCUGGGAAGAAGAAGACGGUCGGAUUUGAACUGGGCGAUUCCACAGACGAGGGCGACUGGGAAGAUACAACCCAGUCUCCCGAGAGCACUAGGCGCAGUUCUGUUGUGCAAGUAACCAACGACGAGAAUCCGGCAGUGCUCGUCGAUCCCCUUACGUUCGUGAAGCGGCCUUACCCCCAAUUCCCUCGAGCGACCAGUCUUCCCGAAGCUACAAGCAGGAGUUUCCGCGAGGGUGAACAGUCGUCAGACGAGGACAGCGAGGACGACGAAGACGACAACGACGACGACGACGACGACGAGAAGGUGCAUGCCCAUCUGACGAAGGAACAACCUUCCGGUACAGAGGAGGCCCAUCCAGAGGAGCUUACACGGCCGACCGACCACGAUAUCGCCUCACGUCUUCUCAGCCCAUCACAUUCAGCUAAAGCACCGCCCGCAAUGUCUUCGAUAUCUGCCACAGCAACACCCGCACCGGUGGAUACUAUAUCAAGGAAUGCAUCCUUGACGAGCUUAGCCUCCGUCCCGGAUGGUGUACGAAGACCGCUAUCAGCCAACAUUGCACACUCGGGCACACCAACAACACCAGCACCUGGGGGAUCUUCCUCUAUAGAAGGGGGGGUGUCUAGAUUCAUUAACAGCCGGAUUGCAACAUCUCGUACCGACUCGGAUUCGAAUACUCCAUCUUCAUUUCUCCCACACUACCACCCGCAAACCCCGCCGUCUCCCCGGAGCGCAGGCCCGAAAAAACAGCGCGGUUCACCAUCCUCCCGCCAGCCCGGAACAGAGCCUCAUUCCCGUACUCAGCAAAAACUCUGGUUGCAGCGCACUGCAGCAUUGAACACUUCACCUCCCGAUUCCCAUGGUGCGUCCACGAGUGUAUCGCCUUCAGGUAUCGAUCCGACAUACAUCGGCGGCACAGCCCGGUCCGGUCCAGGACCAUAUGAUGCCGGGCGGGCGCUUGUCAACGGAUCAUCCAGGAACGGAGGACCGGUGCAUCAGAACGAAGCAAAGCAUAUCCGUAAGACAUACGAAAAGACCGCUUUGGAACUUACAGUUGUGCGGAGAUUCCAGUCUCCCACUGGCGACAGCUUCUCUCGUCUAAAUGCGAUUCUCAAGGACGGGAAGCCUGAUAUUUAUGGCCAAGAAACCCGAAACGGCCUUGGUAAGCCCAUCAAGUCGGCGCCCGCUUUAGUCCUGUUACAGAAGGGUGCAAACAAAGCAGGUCAGAGCGGCGGCAGCAACGCAGGGAGCCCCGAUUCGAGACAAUUGUUAGGAAGAAGGCAGGCCGGCUCUCAUGGCUCGGUUUCCCAGGCGGACAUCCAAGACCCAGAGGAUCCCUCGCACCCGUCCCACCGCCUCCUUUCGACCUCCGAUGAAGCCGCACAUGGUUCUCAUGGGCCUGAGGAAGAGCAUGCGGGGGAAUCAUACCUACCGAAUGAAUCUGAUAUGAUGAUCCGUCGCAUGUGGGAGAGCCGCGAGGUUGCGACGUCUGGUUGAUUUUACAUUUUACUUUAGGUCAUUUUUCUCUCUUUUUUUUUACCAGCAAACGGCGGCGUCGAAGCAUGAAACGGGUUCAACAAUCAGCAUAUGUUUUUGAGCCGACAAUUUGUCUCGUCUUUGUGUUUUCUAAUUGCAGUAUGAUAUCCCAGAUAGUAAUUUAUGCCAUAAUUUCCAAAAGUAUAUUUAUAUACUCCAGGUAUACU